AUGCAUGUCCAAUCGAUUCCAAUGUGGACCGGAAAAGGCAAUAAUUAUGCCUACCUCGUCACAGAUGAGCCGUCAAAGAAGUCGGUCAUCAUUGAUCCUGCCAAUCCUCCAGAGGUUGCGCCGGAAGUGAAGUCGCAGAUCAGCACUGGGAAGAUCGACUUGGCAGCCAUUGUCAAUACGCACCACCACUGGGACCAUGCCGGAGGCAAUGACGAGAUGUUGGCACAAUUCGGCAAACUCCCCGUCAUCGGAGGCAGCAACUGCAAGUCUGUGACCAAGACACCCGCACAUGGCGAGGAAUUCAAGAUUGGCGACCGAAUCACGGUCCGCGCGCUGCAUACCCCGUGUCACACGCAGGAUAGCAUCUGCUACUUCAUGCAAGAUGGCGAUCAGCGUGUCGUUUUCACUGGAGAUACCCUCUUCAUUGGCGGAUGCGGCCGGUUCUUCGAGGGCAAUGCCGCAGAGAUGCACAAGGCUUUGAACCAGACAUUGGCAGCCUUGCCCGACGAUACCAAGGUUUACCCCGGCCACGAGUACACCAAGGCAAACGUGAAGUUUUGUCUCCAUGUGUCCCAGUCUGAGCCCAUCAAGAAACUCCAGGCAUUUGCAGAGGCGAAUAAGGAAACACAGGGCAAGUUCACCAUUGGUGAUGAAAAGCUUCACAAUGUGUUCAUGCGUGUCAAUGACCCUGAGAUUCAGAAGGCGACUGGCAAGACCGAUCCGGUGGAUGUCAUGGCCGCACUGCGGGAGAUGAAGAAUGCCAUGUAG